AUGCCCAAAACGCCAUAUCUAGUUCAAGUAAAUGACGGCCCAGCGUCCACGUCAAAAGACAAGUUGUUGCUUCUCCCGCUCAAUGUAGAGAAAGGAAGUCAAAGGACAGCGCUAUCCCAGAGACGAAAUCUGCUUUUUGUGGCGUAUAGCCACCAGAUCCAUGUAUGGGAGCCUGCUGGUCCGCGACAAGUUCUUGGAAGGAAGCCGGCAAUGAUCAUCACUCCGGUGAUGAGGGUGCCCCAAGCAGAUGGAUACAUUUCUAGUCGAUGCCCUCACGGAAUCAAUAAUAUUCUCGUUGACGACCUCGGGCGUGAUGAGAUUUUGCUUCUAGCUACUGACUCCGGAAAUGUUUGUGGUUAUCACGUCGAGAAUAUAUACUCGUGCAUCGAAUCUGGCAGAAUACGCAACGAGAGGCGUCCUAUAAUAGACCCCCGAAUAGAACCAUUCUUUUGUGAAAGCGUCGGUUUGAGUGCAUGGGGUCUGGCCGUCCACAAGUACGCGCGACUCAUAGCUGUCUCUGCGAAUACUGGAACGAUAACUGUGUUCGCGUUUGCGCUCGCGGACACAGAUGCCGAAUCUGAUGAUUUUUGGAACGGAGUUCCCGCGAGCUACGAGCAGAAUUGGUUGCAUAUCAAGUAUGAAGCGGAGUUUAAGGGUUUACAUGAUCUAUUUCUGGAAAAUCGUCAUCGAUCACGUAACUUGAGACUAUCGUACCAGGGCCAUUACACGAAUAUCCCGUCAAUAUCAUUUCUUAGCAGUGAUCUGGAUUCUGACGGCAUGUGGAUGCUCAGUACGGAUAUCGACAACAGACUGUUUGUUUGGGCGAUUUGGGACCGAUUCCACCCGGUUAGAGUCCUUGAUUUCGCUGAUGGAGGUCCACUACCAGGUAUAUUGCGAGAGGAGGAACGUGGAUGGAGUGUACUAGCACUAGAUCCGCGAAGCUUCCGUCUGCGCCAAUCGUACGUCCAAGCAUGCGGCGGCAAGGUGUAUCUUCGGCCCUCUAGACACGAUACCGCUGUUUUGGAUGUUACUAAUCUUGCCCUAGAGGUGCCGGAUGCAUCUUCCAUGUUCAAUCCUCUCUUUCCUGUUUUCCCGGUUGUGGAUCUUCCCCGCGAGGAGCCAGUUCUUCCAGACAUAUUUGACAGGUAUUCACGUAUUACCUCUGACAGUUCUUCAGUAAUGAGUGAAGAGAGUAUAUCGGCAGCCACUUCUAUCACAGCUCAAUCCAGUGAGGACAAGGUACUUCCGAGUGCAAACCCCUUGGAAGAGGAAUCGACAGAGCCUAUUGAUCAUUCUCCUUCGCAACGAAGCGACUCAUCUUCUUCCGACGAGCAUGCUGCUUUCGCGCUGCGUUCGGUCAUAGCCGGGCCAUCCUUCCAGCAUGGCUCCAACGAUGACGACGAAAACACGACUUCAGAAAAUAGUGACAGUGAAGAUAGUUCAGAUGAAGAUGUCCCUGUUGUCUCGGAUGCAGCCCAUCAACAUGUGUUGAGUACAUCCGACUCGAGGGAUAUACGCUCGUUGAUCAACCUAGAACAACCUACAGCGGAGGUUUUUGGGUCAAUUGGCCCUUAUUCUGAUGCAAAACGAGUAUACAGGGAUUUCCCAAUCCUACAUUUUUCCGAAACAGACAUCCGUCUCUUGGAGGGUCCGUUUUUAGGCCAUGCUUCCGUUGUCUCAGGUGGACCGUUGCGACAACAAUUACCUCGCACAUUCUACUCUCUGCACUCUUACGACCGAUUCAACAUGGUGAAGUACUUGCCUGAGUCUGGUAUUGUUAUUGCUGCAACACAAAAGGGCCGUGCAGCAGUUAUCACAUUGACACAGGUUGCUGACCGGAACUUUACACUUCGAAUCAACUGGAUGAUCCCUUUGGCGAGUCAGGAACAGCGCGCCCAACGUCCUGAGGUGGGGCUUCUAGGUCUCGGCGUCAGUCCGAUGCAAGGUUUCGAGAAGCAGCCGGAUGUGGUCCAUGUGCCACGCGGUGUAUCUAGCCAUGAAGACUUUUCUUUCCAUUAUCGAUCCAGUGACCACGAUUUAUUUGAGUCCGUCCAGAACUGGAACUGGCAGUCUGAUAGUGAGGCGGAUGCAAGCCAGAGUGAUGAGGGCGGCUCUUCCUCUUCGUCUGAUUAUGUCCCCGACAAGCAAGAACUCACAUAUGCCGAAAGUCAUGGGAUAGCUAAUUGGACUCAUAUGCCUCAGGAACCGUGGCAUGGGUCUAUUUCUUCUCGCCACUACCGUGUUUUACUUACCUACGCUGAUCAUACGGUGAUGAGCUAUGAGUUUUGGUACGAUUGGUCUGAUAUCGCUUUGGGUGAGUGGCCUGCCGGUCAAAAGGUCCAGGAUGAAGAGGACAAAUGGGAGAUGAAAGAAGAACCCAAUAUCAACCGCCAGGAUUAUCUUCUGUUGUAAAUUGCAUUGACUGAAUUCA